CGCGCCGACAUUGCGGAAUGAAUCGAAAGAGAAAGUGCGUUUCGUAAGAACAUAGACCAACUUCAAUAUCGGAAUGGAAUGGAACUUCUUACAGUCUACCUGUGACUGCGUGUCAAGAAACACGAAUUCGUGAUCGUCGAUUCUUAAUUUCUGAAACCCUCGGUUGUUUUGAUUUCGUGUGAGAACGAUUAAGAAACACAGGAAAAAGAAAAAAAGGAAAGAGAACGUGUCGCGAGCACGCUUCCGGGUUUCACGGUCACUUUUAUUUAAGAAAGGCCGAGUCGCGAUCGAACGAGUUCAUUUUCCUUUCCAGAAUCACGAAGAUGCGAAGAAUUCUUUGGGAACGAGAAAUCUCGAAAUUUUGUAUUAUUCUACUCUGCUGUCCCUUUGAUCUAUCCGUUUGCCUGCCGGCGGAGCAACCGAUUAGAUACACGUUGAGCACCGGUGACUUAAAAACGAGAGAUACUGGCACGCCGUUCAAUUUUGAACAAAAUCGAGCAGUGACGAUCGAGUCGCAAAACAACGUGGUUACAGUGGAGAAGUCGGUGUCCAUGAACUACGAACCGAUACAGUUUGGAACGACCGAGUAUCCUCCAGUGACAAACACCCAUUCAAGCGCUCGUGAAACCGUGAGAUUGGAGAACGAGACAGCGCAGAGUUUUUUCGAGAGGCCAAUCUCGAAACCCAUCGCAAACGUGUUGGAUUCCUUUUUGAAACCUACGCCAUUGGUCGACGGUAUCAAGGAGGAAGAAAAAUAUGGAAAUUCAGGAGACAAGUUUAUCGGAAUUGGUCGUGCUCUGGUCACUGGUUACCAAGAAUUCAGCAAUUUUCUCAAUGCUCUCGUUGACUUCCCGCGUAAAACUGCAAAAAAGGCUAGCUCGGAAAUCUCAGGGAUGCUGAAUUAUAUCGGUGCACGGCUGAUCGGAUUGGAAUAACGAGCAGCGUAAAUAUUUUGGAUAAUCAAAUUCUAAUUAUCCAAAAUUUGUG